GGGCCGGAGCCUGCGGGCCCGAGGCCGGGAUGGGUCUGGCUGCCGCCGCCCGGAGGAGAGCCGAGGGGGACACCUUGAAAUACUUCGUGGAGGAUCCUGGCACCGGGAGGCUUUACAAGCGGGGACAGCUUUUGGGACAGGGAGCAUUCGGACAAUGCUACAAAUUUACCGACACGUCCACCAACAGAGUCUAUGCUGUGAAGGUUCUCUCUCAACAGCGAGUCGCAAGGCUGGGAAAUGGAGGAAAGGUUCAACGCGAAAUUGAGCUGCACAGCCGGCUUCACCACAGGAACAUUGUGGGGUUCCGCCGACAUUUCGCUGACCAGGAGAACAUCUACCUGGUGCUGGAAUACUGCAGUAGGAAGUCCCUGGCCCACAUUCUGAAGGUCCAGAGGACGCUGACGGAGCCAGAGGUGCGAUUUUACCUGAAGCAAAUUACAAGUGGCCUGCAGUACCUCCACCUGCAAGGGAUCAUCCACCGUGACCUCAAACUGAGCAAUGUGUUCAUCACCGAGCGCAUGCAGGCGAAGAUUGGCGACCUCGGCCUGGCAACGCGGGAGGAGCGGGCGUGCUGGAAGAGAGGGUGAGUGUGGGAUUGAAGGGGAGGGGCAGGACCCCUGGGGGGAGGGGAGGUGUUUGGCAGAAGCAGACCCA